ACUCCUCAAGGUUAUCUCGUGUCAUUGAAGGGUUGUCGGACCUUCUGCUGAAUACUCCCGAAUAUUUUUUCAUCAGUGACGGCCGCUCCUAAGUUCACCGAAAUGUUUCCGAGGCUUAUGAAACCCACAGCUGCACUUGUGCAACAAAGUACGAAGCAAUUAUCGACCGGAUCCCAGCGCAAUGCCAAGGUAGCAAUAAUGGGUGCCAGCGGAGGUAUCGGACAACCGUUAUCACUGCUGAUGAAACAAUCUCCCCUUGUCACCGAACUCUCUCUUUAUGAUAUUGUAAAUACUCCCGGAGUUGCUGCAGAUCUAUCUCACAUCGAAACCCCUGCCAAGGUCAAGGCGUUCAACGGACCUGAUCAAUUGAAAGAUUCUCUCAAAGGUGCCCAGGUCAUCAUUAUCCCUGCUGGAGUUCCUCGCAAACCAGGCAUGACACGUGAUGAUCUUUUCAACACAAAUGCUUCAAUCGUUCGGGAUCUUGCUGCAGCAGCUGCAGAAGUUGCACCAAAGGCCUUUGUGGCCAUCAUUUCUAAUCCUGUAAAUAGCACUGUACCUAUUGCUAGUGAGGUCUUCCAAAAGGCUGGAGUUUACGAUCCCAACAGAAUAUUUGGGGUCACAACAUUGGAUAUCGUUAGGGCCAACACUUUCAUUGCCGAAGCUAAGGGCUUGGAUCCAUUGAAGACUCAGGUUCCUGUGAUCGGAGGUCAUAGCGGAAUUACAAUCAUUCCACUAAUUUCUCAAGCCAAGCCACAAGUUUCUUUCCCAGAUGAUCAGCUGAAAGCUUUGACUGAGAGGAUCCAGGAAGCAGGAACAGAGGUUGUCAAGGCUAAGGCAGGAACAGGUUCUGCAACUUUAUCCAUGGCCUAUGCAGGAGCCCGUUUUGGAAUAGCUCUAAUCAAAGCCCUUAACGGAGAACAGAAUAUCGUUGAAUGUUCAUACGUCAGGUCCAAUGUUACCGAAGCCAAGUACUUCUCUACACCGAUUCUCUUGGGUAAAAAUGGCGUUGAGAAGAACUUAGGUCUUGGAAAAUUAAGCAGUUUUGAAUCUAAACUCCUAGAAGCUGCCAUCCCAGAAUUGAAGAAAAAUAUUCAGAAGGGUGAAGAUUUCGUAAACAAGAAGUGAAUCCACUGAUGUAUAUCAUUAAAAGAUCUUCGAAACAGAAAUCAAUUAUUGCAAUAGAUAAGAGUCAUUUUGACGCCUUUCUCUCCGACAGCUUGUGCGUACCCCCGACUCAAAGAAUGUCAUCACAGCAUUUAAUAUAGGAAAUGUAUGAUAUACACAAUUUUAAAUUAAAGAAAACACUUCCAAAACUAUAACCAACUGUGCUAUAACUACAUACCAUGACUAGAUUACUGGUUAUUUUCUUCAUGAAAAUGUACAAAAUGAUUGGCUAGUUGAAUCAAAAUUAUUUCGUCAAUGAA